AUGCUGGGCGACAGGUCAAACACCGAUGAACAGAUCCCCAACGAACGACAAGGGCUUCCUAUAGCUGAAGAACGUAACAACAAAGACGUUGAAUCGAAGUUUUGGGCGACGUACGACGAGGUUUCGACGGGGUACGAUAAUGACUUUUUAGAGCGGGCGAAUGGCGACAUGGGCAUCAUCUUGACUUUUGCUGGUUUAUUCUCAGCUGUCAACUCCACUUUUAUCAUCGGAAUGCAGCCUAACCCGGCAGAAACUACCAACGUCCUCUUGUUUCACCUCAUCCAAAUGACAGCUAACGGCACAAACACUGCGAAUGACAUCAGCGGUCUUUCCUCUUCCACGCCAUAUCCUUCUUCGACUGUCUGGAUGCAAACACUUGCGUAUGCUAGCCUCUCGUUCAGCGUCUUAGCCGCGUUUGGGGCUGUGUUGGGAAAGCAGUGG